GUUUGCCCUAAAUAUUCAUUUGGUGGGAUGAUUUUUUUGUUUGUUAGUGGUUUUUCUUCCUUAUUCCUUAGCCUUUGUUGACAAGGUGUCCAUCCCACUGCGCGAGAGAGCGGCAGCAAAUUGGUAAAGAAAUGGUAGGCAAAUUGAGUGCCUACAGCCCGGGAGGAAAAGCUGCCAACAGUGUCGGGGUCCAGCUAGAUCGAGUCCUUCUCUUACGCAAGCCUCUUCCUCCGCGAGCCUCUAUCUUUAGAAUUAGAUUUGUUUCUGAAUAGUGUAUGUGUUCGAGGCUGCUGCACCUGCAAGCGAUUCUCAGGAGACGCAUGCACUGUCGCGUGCUCGGUGUUGCCCCUCAUUCACUUGACAGCCCCCGGUACUGUUUCUGAUUAUUCUGUCCAAGCUGGAUCGGUCCGCGAAGUCGGUGGCGACAGACUGUGUUAAAUAUAUUAUUCUUCGUUUGAUUGAUUGGUAGAUAUGGAGCAGGCCGAAUGCCGCGACUGCAGGAAGUGGAGGCAGUGAGGUCGAGCUUUGCACAUGUUUAGGUUGCUCAGACACGAUGUGCGAUGAUCGAGGUUAUGGACAAGUUGUGGUUAGGCCUGGUGUUGCAAUCUCUAUUGCUACUGAGUGUCGCAUGGAGAGGUCGCGCCGCUGUAGAUUCGUCGUUGAUAGAAGAACAGUAUUUGAUGCACAAGGAGGAUGAAGUGCGGCUUCUGGCUACUGACGCCCUUCGGCUAGCUCUUGACAGACAAGAUUGCGGUCUGUCGCAGUGUGCACGCAGAUGCUCCAGACAUGCGUGUUCCCCAGUCACAACUGAUAAUUUGACCUGUGUUUCUGCUGUAACACCAAUUCCGGAUUGCGGUAACUCAUGCGACAGGUAUAAGCUAGAUUUUGGAAGAAGGGAUGGAUUUGUAAGACUCCCUCCAUUUUUCAGAGACUUUUCAAAUCCAAAUUUGUCUCCAGAGAUCAAGAGAUCCAUCUGUGCUCACUCAAGCCUCCAAUUUCCUGUUAGCAAUGAUGCUGAACGUCUGUUGCGGUAUGUCUUCGGAUCUGCAGAAGGCGUAUCUAGAGCUUAUCCAGGCCGAGCAGCGAAUCCAGAUAAGGACUGCAUCAAUUUUGAUCCUCGAAAACAACCCGGAUACAUUUUAUCAACAUCCGUUGUAAAAGACUUAGUGGUUCUGCUCGAUAUCGGUCAGCAAAAUGGUACAACUUUCAUGCCAGCGAAGAAUAUUAUCACUGAGCUAUUUGACACUUUCGGUAUUGGAGAUUCUGUCAAUGUAGUCACAUUUGACUCCACGAACGCGACUCUACUGCAACCGUCUUCGGUUUCAGUGGGAAGCAAUGCAAACGUACAUUCCGCAUUUGAUGUAGCCUCUUUGGUAAAUAAUCCCAACGGCUUCUCGAAUCUCAGUCGGGGAUUUGAGAAAGCAAUGAGUACUUUCAACUCAGCAAGUAAACUUAAGAUCAUGGUGGUAGUAACCGACGGCUACUUCUCUCAGGCAGUAAAUUUCCACAACACUCCACCUCUUGAGCAAGCGGUAUCGCUUCUGAACGCAGGGGGCGUGGUUGUGUUCUUUUUCAGCUUAGGUCCAGGUGAUGGGGAUAGCCCCCCUAAUCCAUUGAUGGAUCUUCGAAGAUUCUCGUGUCGUCUGAAUAGCUCUGUUACAUAUGUAAGCAUUGAGUAUGCGGUUCGAAAUCCACUUUGGGCCAUCCGCCCCUACUUUGAUUAUCAGGCUAAGUUGCGAUUCAAGAAAAACCUCACAUUCUGGACGAAUGUUUAUGAGGAUGUGAAUGGCCAGGGAAAUGUGUCCACCGUGAGUUAUCCUGUAUUUGAGAACGGAACCUUGUUUGGUGUAGCAUCCAUUGAUGUACCAGUGAGUUCCACUGACCUGGACAUCAUCAAGAAAAAAUACGUUGAUCCAAAUGUUCUUCCCAUGAGAUUGGCUUGUCAAAUGCAACAGGUCAAGCUCAACCAGUGCACCAAGCUUUUGGAUCCAGCGACACGAUCUCUUUGUGCACAGAGCUCGUACAUUGGUGAGUCUCCUGCGUCAACGUAUAAGAAGACAUUAUGCUGCGAUUCUUGUGGUGCUUUCGCAAACAAGGAUGGAAAGGCCAAACAGUUGCGGUUAUAUCUGGGCUUGGGAGCAGCGGGGACGUUUCUCAUUGUUCUUGUCUACGUGGUGGCGAUCCUUGUAUGCAAAUAUGUGGUUGCCCAAUCACCAGUGAAAAAGAUGAAAGAAGAUUUCGCGAAAGCAUCCGUAUCAACCUGUUUGUACACGUACAAAGAACUCAAACGCGCAACUCGCAAUUUUCGUGAAGACAAAAAGCUUGGAGAGGGCGGGCUUGGAGAAGUUUAUCUGGGAAGACUCAAAGACGGUCUACAAGUUGCGGUGAAGAGACUUGCUCCUAAUCAUUCGAAAGAGGGGAAGCGUGAGUUCCUUGCAGACGUCAUCAAUAUUAGUAAGGCACAGCACAGGAACCUUGUGAAGUUACGGGGCUUCUGUGUGGAGAGAAGCCAUAGGCUCCUGGUCUACGAGUAUCUGGAGAAGAGAAGCCUUCGUCAAACCCUGCUUGGUAAACUAUCUGAUUCUGAACACAUCGAUUGGCCAACGCGCUUCAAAAUUGCCACCGGUACUGCUCGAGGCUUGCAAUAUCUGCACAACGAAUUCAAACCGCAGAUUUUACACGGAGACAUAAAAGCCAGCAACAUUCUGCUAGAUUCAAACCUUGAUGCCAAGAUAGCUGAUUUUGGACUGGUCAAGCUGUGUCCUGAUGAUAAGACUAAUUUCACGAAAAAUCUUGCUGGCACUAUGGGUUACAUGGCGCCGGAAUAUAUCAUGCGUGGUCAGCUUACUGAAAAGGUGGACGUAUUCAGCUUUGGUGUUCUUUUAAUGGAAAUUGUGACCGGCAAGCUUACCACAAGUCGCAGUCGCUCUGGAACUAUGUUUUUCCUCUUGGACGAGGUAAGGAAUGCAUACAUUAAAGCUCUUGAGACAAGCAACGAAGAGCACCUGUUGCGCCUCGUGGAUGCUAGACUGGUUGGCAAAUAUGACAGAGACGAGGUUCUCAGGGUAUUGAAGGUUGCACUCUUGUCCACAAUGGACAGCCCGACAACUAGGGCAUCAAUCUCAGAAGUGAUUCUUAUGCUCGUUGGGAGCCAGGAAAUUCCUGAGCACAUACAAGAAGUCGGAACGAGAGGUGACCAUUCCCGAAGCACGUCAGUGCAAUCCUCUCCAGAUUUAUCCUGUUUGCAGUGGUGGGAGGAUGAUUUGUCAGAUCCCCCUCUUCUUGUAGAACGUCCACCUGAACGAGCAGGACCUGUAUCAGCACCAGUGGUUUAAAUCAUCUGGGAACGUGAGCAGCUGUUGUCACUCUGCAGAGGACGGAUUUUAUCAAAAUUGUGCAAGUGAUGCGAUGAUUGUUGGUACAAGUCUACAGGUCAAGACCACCAUCUACGUACCAUCUUACUAAAAGAUGAGCAGAGGUUGUCAUGUACCAAUCUAAUCACAACCAAUCGUUAUCAACGUAUUCAAGCUCAGGAGGAAUGUUUGUUUGCCGGACAACCAGGAUUAUGCCCCUCAGUUCUUGGUGUUCCUUUAAAAUUCCUUAGACCUAGAUUCCCCAGGGUCAUCUAAUCCCUGUCACUUUCCAGACAUGUCAUUCGAUAUUUCUCCAAUAUUCUGCGCGAGGGUAGCCAGCAACGGAAAAUGUACUAGAGCCCACAAGUCUUCGAGUGGACCAUCCUUUCAUUGCUCUUAUUAAACACAACCUCCCCCCCCUCUUAACCCGGUCUGUGCUCCGCCCAAAACAGGUCUUGUCUGUAAUCGACGAUGGCGAGUACCCAACUGAUUCGUGGAGAUACAACCACAACGAAAUCACCAUGGGGUCGUGGAGUACACUCUAGUAUCAACUCCAACUUGAAUCUCAGAACCAGGUUCAGCGCGAGUGGUAUAGCUCGACAAGGGAACAAUUCCUUGAGUGUUGCCGAUUGGGAGAACGCUUGACAAUAUGGCUCUUGGAAUUUAUCUCAUUGAAAGAGCUUCUGUCCAGCAGAGCGAAACGGAAGGAGCAGUCUCUUCUUCAUUCGAGUGACUGUGGUUGCGUUACCCGAGUGUCAAGCACACUUCAAUCACGGUCAGAUAGCUGUAGUGACAGACAGAAAUCUGUCGUCGGGUUUUCAAAGCCAGAAUCAUUCACUCAGAAUUGAGGUCUAGCCUCCUUGCAGGCUUGGAGUAAGACUGGUGACGUUGUUCCAGUGUAUCCGCCAAUUGCUACGUCAACGAAGCGGGUGAUUGAUAGAGAUGGAGCAGCAGAAAGGAUUCAAGUCUCCGGCCAACGUGAACGGUUGGGGCUCUCGCCUCGUUGGACAUGAAUGACACCUUCAAAUUACCAGCAGUGCUAUUGAAAACUGGUGGUACAAUCGUGCUCUAGUUACUGCAGGAAAUAAAUUGCGAGGUAACGAUGGGUCCUUGUGGAUGGUGUGGCUUGUGAGAUAAAAGUUGGAGUUUUGGGUUGCAAUUUGGCCUUCGGCAGGAACACAAUCUCUACCCAGCCAACACAGACUGUGUGCAGGAAAGGAGAAAUGGAAGAGUGUAGACUUGAGUGUUGGUGGCUGAAAUUGCUUGAGCUGCAGAAACUGGGUAGCAAGGCAAACUCUGGCUAUACUGUUUCUCAAGUGCCCAGCUUUUGCUGUCAUGUGUAAUUGGAGUGAAAAAAGUAGCACCACUAGUCACCAUACUCCACGGUCAUUAAGGUAGAAGAAGCCAAAAAAUUAAAAUGAACUGAAAUAAAGCAUUGCCUACCUGUUAUUACA